AUGGAUCUCCUUCCGCACCCAGACGACAUGUCUCGUUUUGCAGACUUUACAAUCUUGACUACAACCUACAAGACAGUUUCAGACCAUCCAAUUACCACCGAUGUUCUCAUCCCCAAAAAGUUGAUAGACUCCUCAACAGCCGCGAGCUCGCCAUGCCCCAUCAUCCUGCGCUACCACGGCGGCGGUUUCGUCGCCGGCGCCAGCCUUUACCCGGGCUUCUUCUCGCCCUGGCAUAUGGAGCUCGCCGCCCGCCACUCGGCCGUCAUUGUCAGCCCAAACUACCGCCUUCUGCCAGAGUCCACUAUCGACGAACUCCUCGAGGACAUUGAAGACCACUGGACCUGGGUCCAAAAGGAGCUUCCGUCCUUCGUCAAGAAGGAGACUGACAGCCGUGUCAGUGUCGAUAUAGGCCGCAUCCUCACGGCCGGUGACAGUGCGGGAGGGUACUUGAGCGUCAUGACGGGAUUAUCACAUGCCAAGGACAUCCGGGCCGUGACGGCGGCGUUCCCCUCCAUCGACCUCGCCGACGCGCAUUACAUGGAGAAGCCGAAGGGCCCGGUGUUUGGGCUGCAGCUGCCGCAGAGUAUCGUCGACGACCACUUUGAGAAGAUCCGCAAGGGCGAGGCGCCCGUCCCCAUCUCCAAUGACCGGAACCUCGAGAGGGGCCUGUUCUUAUUUGCGAAUUUUCAGCACGGCGGGUUCCCCAAGAUAUUCCCGUCUGAGAAGAAGCAGCUGUUUCCGUUUGAGAGGUUGCGGGCCGGGGAGAGAUUCCCGCGAGGUGGUGUAUUUGUUUGGCAAGGCGCUGAUGAUAGUGUUGUGCCAGCGAAAGGGAAUGUUGCAUUCAAGGAGUUGGUUGCAGAGGUUGAUCCCGAGUUGGAGUUUAACUUGGCGAUUCGGCCUGGUGAGCAUGGAUUUGAUGCCACAGCGAAGAUCGACGAAGAGUGGAUGGCGGAUGGGUUCAAGAAUCUGGUCAAGGCCUGGUUGCAGUAG